AUGUCUGGCCUCCUCGAUACAACUCGCAACUUUUCUCUAUACAGUGUCCCCGCAGCAUGGCUCCUGGCUCACUUGCCUCAUGUGUACGCUGUCAUUUCGUCUAAAUGCUUUGAUAACCGCUCCCCUAGAGACUUCAAAAAGAGUCUCGAAGAUGAUCAAACGCUCGAUAAGGCUAAAAAGAACAAAAUUCGACGAGCCCACGCUGCCGGGGCCAAUGGCUACGAAAGUAUCGGGUUUUUCGCUUCUGCAGUGGUAGCUGGAAAUGUCGCGGGACUUUCCCAUUCAACAUUGAACACCCUUACUGGAGGAUAUUUGAUCAGUCGCGCGGUUUACAACUUCAUUUAUAUAAAUAAUGAGACUCAAGGGGCAGCAGGAGCAAGAAGUUUGGCGUGGCUUUUCGGAAUUGGACAGAUUGUCACACUGUUCAUCAAAAGCGGGAAUGCCUUGACAAAUAAGGCGGCAAAUUUGUUGUAG